AUGCAAAAACCAAAAGUUUUAAAAUUUAUCUAUAGUUUUAUUCUUAGGCUUUCACUAAUUGUUUUAGGUUUAUCAUUUUCUCAAAUUACAAAUAAAUAUAAAGGACAAUCAUAUGGUACAAUUGAGAUCACUAAGAGUUAUGUAGAUACAAUUUGUUUAUACUCAGAAGCUGUACCAUAUACUCAAACAUUUCUCUUUUAUGCAACUGAAUGGCAACGUAUCAACACAACAGAUUCAUCAUCAUCAAAUACAACAACACCAAACAACAAUUCAACAGAUAGUCAAACAACACCAACUACAAAUGAUGGUUGGGGAAAUGUUGUUGUGGGAGUGGAAGAAGGUUUUGUGGAAUGUGCUUGGAGAAAUAGAAAUUCAGUAUUAAGAGUUAUUGUACACAUUCUUUCAAUUUUAUCAUGUGUAAUUGCUUUAACCUUAAUUAAAAAACAAAAAUUAAAUCCAUUUUUAGUUAAUGCAUAUUUAAUGACAAUUAUAGGUAUGGCUGGAAUUUAUUCUGGUGUAGUUGAUAGUAUUGGAGUUAAAAGAGCAUAUGAUUUUUGUAUGACAUUAAGUCCAUUUUAUAGUUCAGAUUGUUAUUAUAAAGCAUUUAAUUGUACAGUUGUAUUGAAUUUCUUAUGUUCUGCAUUCUUAUUCAUUUGUGCAGUUUUAUCAAGUAGAUUUAGAUAUAUACUUUUUAAUGAAAGUGGUGAUGUAAAUAAUAAUAAUACUAAUAAUAAUAGUAGCAAUAGCAAUAGCAAUAGCAAUAGCAAUAGAAAUCCAUCAAAUACAAGAAAUAGAGAAGUUGAUAUUGAAAAUAAUGCAUCAUCACCAAAUAAUAUUGAAUUGAAACCACCAAAACCUUCAAAACCUUCAAAACCAUCCAAAAAUAAUAGAGAUCAUUCAAUUUUAGAAGAGGAAGUUGAUUUUGAAAAUAAUGGAACUAUUUUAACUACAAAUGAUCAAUACAUAACCUCAAAUAAUGAUAGAGAUUUAUAA